AUGGAAGAGGAGGCAACAAGACUAAGAAAACCGGAAAAAUGGCGACGCGGGGGUCGACUCCAUCGAUUCCUUGUGCUCCUCGCUACUAGAGAUUCUAGCCGAAAGCGAGGAUGUUUCCUCCAAAGCCGAGCUUGCAACCUUAACCUUGGGCUGGCGGAACAAGUUUCUCCCGACCGAGAAACCGCUGCUCGAGGAAACGACGCCGACAACUUCAGCGAUGUGGCCGGCGACAUCGCGCAGUGGGCUGCGGACAACAGCCGGGGAGGAGAGUUCACCAAGGUGCUCGAAGCCGUCAGGCGAGACUCGGGAGUCGUGUCCGUCGACACUCGCGCGGUGCUGAAGCAAGGGAGAGGGAAAGGUGCAAGGGCCCAAAUCGACAAGGUACACGUCGACAUCCGCGCGGCGACUCCCGCGCAGGCGCGCGUGGCGAGGGCGCUGCUCCAGACGCACUUCAAGAGCCGGUCAGAGCUGCUGCGCCUGGAGCAUGCCCGGCGGUCCAUGGAGGGCAGCCUGUCGGCCUUCGAGCGCGAGGUGUCCCAGGGCCUGCGCGUCCAGUUCGCCUCCCGACCGGAAUGGAUUGGGCUUCUCGUCGGCAAGGCUGGGUCUCGAAUACGAGGCUUGCGAAAAUCCACGGGGUGCAGCAUCGAGGUCAUCGACGGCGGCGGCGGCGGGGGGCGGGGAGGUCCUGACGGGAGUUGUGGAGGGGGAGGGGGUGGUGGCGGUGGUGGCCACAAGGCGGCGAGGGGGCAACCGCCUGCGCCCUCGUCGUGCAGGGUGGUGAUCUGCGGGCCGGACGCGGGCAGCGUGCAGAGAGCACGAGAACAGAUGGAGCUGACGGAAGUCAGGAUAGCGGUGAACCCUCAGCAGGCUGCCGUGCUGGGGCGUCUCCCCCGCGCUAAACUGCUAGACCUUCGACAGCAGAGCCAGUGCAUGGUGGUCGAUCUUCUUCAGUCUGGUUCGGCCUGUCAAGGGAGACAGCAGCAGCAGCAGCAGCAGCAACAACAACAACAACAACAACAGAACGCUCCUCCUACCAAAAACAAUUCUUCGUCAUCGGGAGCUGUGACGGGGGUGAUGUCGGUUAGAGUGAUCGGGCCUCGUCCUACCGUGGACAGCGCGCGCCUGCUCCUCGGAGUGGUCCUGGAGUACAUGGAUCGGGAGAGGGAACUGCGCGAGGGUGACAACGUCGUGCGGGGAAAGCUUCUGGACAUGCAGGCGAGCUUCGGGCACCCAGGCACCGCUCGGCCCGCGGCAUGGGCUGCAAAAGCCGGGAGAGGUGGCUAUGGCAGGAGAGCACCACCACCGGGAACAUCACCAAACUCGACGGGCGAAAACCGAGAGGCCAACCAGCGGGACGACUAG